CGCCAACUCAUCGUCAACCGUCUCCCAGUUGCGACAAAUCCGACAAGAUGGCCAAGUCUAAGAACGCGUCUCAGCACCACAACAGCCAGAAGGCUCACCGUAACGGUAUCAAGAAGCCUAAGACUCACCGUUACCCCUCCCUCAAGGGUGUUGACCCCAAGUUCCGCCGCAACCACCGUCACGCUCUUCACGGUACCAUGAAGGCUCUGAAGGAGCGCAAGGAGGGCAAGCGUGAGAUCGCAUAAAUCAACUUAAUUUAGAAAUGAAUUAAAAAUGGGAGCGCAUUGAGUUGGUGUUUCACACGUGCCAUGAUCCCAGGCGUCCUGUCGGAUAGACCCUCUGGCUGGUUCCGCGCAACGGUUGCUAAAUAAGACAAUAUGAUUCGAUUCCACGACACGGGCCUGACACUUGUUUCCGUUCUUCCUGUGUGUUUUGGUCAGUAGGUUGUGCAAUUCUGCAGCCCCCCUGAUGAUGGGCUUUCAAUGUUCGUAUGAACAGGCAUAUGUGUGUACAGCUUCGUGCUUAUCUUAAUGCGCGCUUGCUGAAGGAUUUUUUCAACGUGCCGAGAGAAGAUUCCAUGCCCUCCAAUUACCAAACACCCUCUCCCUUUUACUUCUGUGGCGAGAGGGUGCAUGGACGGAGGGCUACAUUCGUAGAUCAGAAUAGCAAUCACUCCAUAUAUAUUCUAUCAAUUCAUUCUUAUGUUGUCA